GGCGGCUUCUUCGGUCGCAGGCGGCGCCGCGGCGGCUUCUUCCGCGGCAGGCGCAGCUUCCGCAGCAGGCUCUGCCGCUGGCUCCGCCGCCGCCGCGGCUGCAUCCUCGGGAGUAGGCUCGGCUGCUUCCGCUGGCGGCGCCGCGGCGGCCUCCUCGGCCGCAGGCGUAGCUUCCGCGGUCGGCUCGGCCGCGGGCUCUGCGGUCGGCUCGGUCGCGGGCUUGGCCGCGGGCUCGGCCGCGGGCUCCGCAGUGGGUUCCGCAGUUGGCUCGGCCGCGGGCUCGGCGGUGGGCUCGGCCGCGGGCUCGGCCGCGGGCUCUGCGGCCGGCUCGGACGCAGG